AGUAGAAAGCACACAGUGUGAGAGGAGGAUGCUAAAGGGACUUACUGCCUAAAGGAUUGUACAUUAUUUCUUCUGUGCUGGACUAUAACUUUCCUGGAAAACAAUUUAGUGAGAGGUGGUAUGCUGGCUGGCUCCCUUCAGACAGAGUUUAUGGCCCAAGGCUUUUCCACAACAGAACCACUUCCACUUCAGACCAGUGUACUUCCUGAGAAAACUUGAAGCUUUAUUUUUUUUACCCUCGCUUACAGGCGUAGAAAUGGUCGGCAUGAAACCCAACGACUUGGUGCCCUCUGCGGCAGUAAAGUUCUUUGGAGCAGGAACCGCAGCCUGCAUUGCUGACCUGCUCACCUUUCCAUUGGAUACAGCCAAAGUCAGACUACAGAUUCAGGGAGAGUCUCUGAAACAUGAAGAGGCCAGAGCCAUAAAGUAUCGGGGAGUGUUUGGCACCAUCACCACUAUGGUGCGCACAGAGGGGCCUAGGAGUCUUUACAAUGGACUAGUAGCAGGACUCCAGAGGCAGAUGAGCUUCGCCUCUGUCCGAAUCGGUCUUUAUGACUCCAUGAAGCAAUUCUACACUCGAGGCACAGAGAGUGCUGGGAUUGUUACUCGGCUCAUGGCAGGCUGUACCACAGGAGCCAUGGCUGUGGCUUUUGCACAACCAACAGAUGUGGUGAAGGUGCGUUUCCAAGCCCAGGUACGACUGGCUGAUGGUGGGAGGAGAUAUAACAGCACCCUGGACGCCUACAAGACGAUUGCCCGAGAUGAGGGAAUGCGGGGGCUUUGGAAAGGUUGUAUGCCCAACAUCACCCGUAAUGCUAUUGUAAACUGUGCAGAGCUGGUGACCUAUGACAUGAUCAAAGAACUCAUCCUUAAGUAUAACCUAAUGACAGACAACCUGCCGUGCCACUUCACUGCUGCCUUUGGUGCAGGCUUCUGCACAACAGUAGUGGCUUCUCCUGUGGAUGUUGUCAAAACAAGGUUCAUGAAUUCAGGGACUGGCCAGUACAGCAGCGCUAUCAACUGUACUCUCACCAUGCUGAGACAAGAAGGACCCACAGCCUUCUAUAAAGGAUUCAUGCCUUCUUUCCUGCGUCUGGGAUCCUGGAACAUCGUGAUGUUUGUGACAUAUGAACAAAUUAAAAGAGGCAUGACCAGGGCACAACAGUACUGGGAGUCGCCAUUUUGAGCUCAUCGCUUGUCAGGCUGUUUCUUCAGACAGGACUGCACACGCAAAACUGCCUAAUCCUCACAGUGACUGAUAGUUGGAAAAGGACCUGGGCUGUAUAAGAAGAGAGCUCAAAUGGUCGGACGCAUUACCAACAUGCAUUGUAAGAGCUCACAUCAUAAAGACUCAUGUCAGCGAACUGUAGCUCUUGGACUUCUUAAAUGAACCGUGACUCUGAGGGAUUUGUUGCAAUACCAGAAUGAUUUAAGCAUUCAAAUAUAAAGAAACAUUUUAUGCAUUUUAAUGGCCUCUGUCACUAAAAUGCUUAUUCAUGUUUUUAUCUCUUGUUGACAAAUAUACUAGAACCUUGAUAUGUGUCUUUGAAGAUAGAUUUUCAUGUUUACAAGAAUGAACGGUGAGAUGCUGUGAAUAAUGUUAUGACCUAAUUUUAUUUGUUAUUUAGGAUAGGUUUUCCACAAACGCAAUGGAGUCUGGCAACACAGACCUAAACACUGACCAUUUCUAUGUUGCUUUCUGUAUUGUGGAUUGUUUACAAGUGUUUGUGCAUGUUGUCAGGGGUUUAUAGGUUAAAUCAAUGUGCUGCUUAUUGUAAAUAGGAUGAUUUAUUGCUGGUCAAUAAGUCAUCAAAAUGUUGUGCACAGUGACAAUGCCAAAAUCAAUAAAUGAUUGUUUAUUUAUA